AUGGUGCAGCUCGGGGGCGGCCGCCGAGCCCCUCCGGCCCCGGCCGCGCCGCCGGCCUUCAGCAUCGACAGCAUCCUGCAGCCCGGGCCCCGCCGCCCGGCCACGGAGCCGGGCAGAGCCCGCUGCGCGCUGCCGGAGGAGGAGGAGGAGGAGGAAGAGGAGGGAGAGGGGCCUGAGGAGCAAGACCCCACUAAAGGCUCCAGCGACUCGGGCAGCGAGCCCCGCCGGCUCCGGGCAGAGGGGACGAGCCGCGGCCUUCGCCCCGAGGGCGGCGAUGCGGGGUCCCCGCUCCCCACGGAGGGGCUACGCGGUCCCCGGCAGCCGCCGAGGGAGGCCGGCGGCUCCGGCGCGGAGAGCGGCAGAUCAUCGGCUGCGGGCGGCAGGAAGAAAACGCGGACCAUCUUCUCCAAGAGCCAGGUGUUCCAGCUGGAGUCCACCUUCGACGUGAAGCGCUACCUGAGCAGCUCCGAGCGGGCCGGGCUGGCCGCCGCGCUGCACCUCACCGAGACCCAGGUGAAGAUCUGGUUCCAGAACCGCCGCAACAAGCUCAAGAGACAAAUGUCAUCGGAGCCCGAGGGCCAGGCGCCGGGGCCGGCCGAGCUCCCCGGGGAGCCGCAGCCCCCCGCUGCCGCCUCGGCUCUCUCCUUCCCGUCCCUCUACAAGGACAGCCCCCUGCUCAGCCGCUGCUUGCUGCCGCUGCCUUUCCCCCUGCUCUGCCCGGGCAGCGCCAUCCCCUACCUGUGUCUCCCCGGGCCGGGCAAACACUUCAGCCUGCUGGACGGGGACGUAUAGCUCUCCCCUGGCCCCCGACCUUCCCUUGCCGGGGGCCGUCCCGAUUUUAUUUAUGACCCCGUCGUGCCGGUGGAGUGCCUGUCUUCGCCAUAGCCGCCCCCCGGCCCACGGAGGGGCCGCCCGGGCUCCCCCCACGCGUGUCCGUGGGCUGCCGACACGUCAGUAAAGCUCGCUAAAGGAAGGGCGCUGCCAACCCUCUCUCCCUCUUGCAGCGCUUUUUCUGUGGUCAGGACGGAGGAGAUAACACGGAGUCACCAAAGAAACGGGGACGUGCUCUGCCUGCCUCCCCUCCAAAUUACCCGGUCCCGGUACUACAGGAGGGGCGAUGCUCUGCUCAGUCCGUGGGGACUGUGUCCCCGCGUCUGUCCCCAGCGCCGUGGCGGUCGCUUUGCCGCGAACCGAGUCACGUUUAACCCAGAUUGGUAAAUGGCGAAGGCCGCUCUGUGCUUCUCUAGCUCAAACUCUCCACCUCUAAUAUCCCUCAGAGCAACUUCUCCCCAUCUUUUACAUUGCCAAAAUUUAGACACCUUUCCUCAGAUCUGGUUUUUAAACUGUUACUUCCCUGCUUUUUCCCCCCCCUUCGGAAGAAACCCCCCAAGAUCUCUCUUACACGUUUUGUGCUAACUGGUUCUCAGACUAGGGCUCGUGUGAUGUUUCUACAGAACAAGACAAGAUGUUU